AAAAGUUUUUUAAAUGCUUUGGCAAGCGGUGGUUUGUCAGAAAUUAGGGUUUUUAAUGACCUUUCGCAAGGCGGCCCAUAAAUUCCUGUUCCAGAUAACGUUCCAAGCCAUGUUUUGUAGAAAAUAAUGGACAGGUAUCGCUUUGUCAAGAGACUUAACCUUUUUUUUUUCUUACUGGGGUUAUUGGAUUAUUGAGGUUGGCUCUUUUAAAAGUGCCAAGUUUUUAUUUUUUUGGGUCCGAGCCUGGAGCUUUGAAUUGAUCUGUUGAUGGGUAUUUGUUAGAUUCUGACUUGGAAUCAGGAACUAGAAGAUCAGCUUUUUGUUUGUGGAUCUCUUUUCUGAUUCAGCUGGAUUUUGGUGAUUAAAUCUGGGGCAUGGUCAAUUUCCUUGAUGGGUUCUUUUGGAUUUUGUUUUAGAAAUAUGAGCCAGAAAAGAUCACUUUUUUAUUUCUUUUUUUUUUUUUUAGUGACAUGCAAAAUUGAGAUGGAUUUUUUAUCCUAAAUGGUUUUGCUUAGGUUUGGUAUCAGUAAUUACUUGAAGUGGAAAGAUUAGCAGAUUUCGUUUCAAUUAUCUGGAGGAAUUGGUCUUGAAAAUGGAGGAUCAAGAAGUUUUGCCUGAUGAGUCUUCUUUAUCCUUAGUUAGGGAAGUUAGACUAGAAGAAGAUGAGGAAGACUUUCGGAGCUGUUGUGAAGAUGAGGAGGUAUGGAAAGAAACUGAAGAAGUGAUAAAGGAAGAACAAAGAGAAGAGCUUGAUAAAUUUUCAGUGAAGAUGUUUUUCAAGGGCAUCUCUUUAGCAGAGACUGGGGACUCUAGUUCUGGCUUUUCAGGUAUUGGGGUGGUUAUGGAGAGAUCAGCCGGUAGUCCUGUUAUUCAAGUGCAGAAAAAACUUGACUUUUAUGUAGAGGAAUCUGUUGCUGAUUAUUUAGCUUUAAUGGAUGGUUUGAUGGAGGCUAUGCAGAACAAGAUCCGCCGUGUAUAUGCUUUUACUGAUUCCGCAUUGUUAUAUGAUCAGAUUAUGUGCAAGGAGAAACUUGAUAAUCCACUUUUGAUAGCACUGAGGGAAAGAACCCUAGAACAUACCCACAAUUUGGAAGAGUUUCUUCUGAAACUUGUUCCAAGCGGCAAUGUUUUGAGGCCAUUGCAGCUAGCCCAAGUAGCCAUAGGAGUCAUAUCUUCUCCUGCCAAGGGAGAUAAAUCACUUGAGAAUUGUUCUAUCUGCUGUGAGGACAAGCCAUCAUUGAUGAUGAUCACCAUGAAGUGUUCCCAUAAAUUCUGUUCUCAUUGUAUGAGAACUUAUGUAGAUGGUAAACUGCAAUCGUCCCAAGUCCCCAUCAGGUGCCCUCAGGUAAGAUGCAAUUAUUACAUUUCCACUGCUGAGUGUAGAUCUUUUCUUCCACUUGCUUCCUAUGAGUUUUUAGAAAGAGCCCAAGCAGAAGCAAAUGUUCUUCACUCUGAUGGAAUCUACUGUCCUUAUGCAAAUUGUUCUGUCUUACUUGAUCCUCGUGAAUGCUUGUCAACUAGGGCAAGUUCAUCUAGUCAAUCAGAUAGUAGCUGUAUCAAGUGCCCAGUUUGUCAAAGGUUUAUUUGUGUGGAAUGUGGAGUUCCAUGGCAUUCGUCAGUGAGUUGUGAAGAGUAUCAGAACCUCCCUCUUGAGGAAAGAGAUGCUGCAGACAUUACCUGGCAUCUCUUGGCACAAAACAAGAGGUGGAGGCGUUGCCAGCAGUGCCGUACGAUGAUUGAACUUACCCAAGGUUGCUAUCACAUGACAUGCUGGUGUGGGCAUGAGUUCUGUUAUUCUUGUGGUGCCGAGUACAGGGGCGGUCAACAGACCUGUCAAUGCGCCUUUUGGGAUGAAGACAACACUGAAGACUCGGUCACCCAUUCUGUACAAGAAUCAGAACAAUGGGCAUGGGAGACUUUCAAUUCACUCCCUAUGAUCAUGGACGCAUAUUCAGACCAAGAAAGAUCACAGCUUACACCAAUCCAAAGGUUCCUCGCUGGGGGUUUUAGUCUGAGUGACCAUCAUCCAUAUCAAUCCCCACCCCGCUGUACAGAUUCCUAUGUAGAUGCGAUGAAGGACAUCCGUCAGCUUCCUUGGCUCGAGAGAUUCGUCUCUGUAAUAAGUGACAACUACGACGAAGACUAUAUCCAAUGAAGCUAGUGUAGAUCAUUCCAAUGUUAGGUAAUAGACUGUAUCAGUCCAAGUCCAACAAGGUUUACAAGAGAGGCAAAGAGUUUCUCACUCUAUUGGCUCCAUUUUCAUUUACACAAAUUUCUUGAGAUCAGCAUUCCUCCCACUUUAUGUAUUUCUUGUCUGUCAUUAGUUACAUGCUGGAAGAUAAAAUACCCUGGAGGUCUUUGCAUAAGAUUAAAGGGAAGAUUCUAUGCAUGAUAGUUGCUUCUUCGAAAGAAAAAGAGAGAUGAUAGGUUUAACAUCUUAGUAAUGUCACCAAAUUAAAAGAAAGUUAAUGAAACAAAUCUUUUCAUUUUGA